UCAUCAGUAGGUCGUGUAAAUAUUGCGUUUUCAGCCGCGACAGAACUGUUUUGCUGGCUGCUGGACGCCCUUAGCACUGAACUCGGGUUUCCAUGUCUGAGGUCAAGCAGCGCAAAUUUCUUGCCAGUGUCUGGUUAGGUUUGCCAGGUUCUGUACAGGGUUGACUGACCAGACGCUUUGCUUUCGAAAGGCGCACUGAUUUUGCCAAGAAUUGAAGGAGUAGGCGAACGGAGCUAUGAGGUGCAUUAUUUUGACGUCUGCCCUCGGUCAGCUGUGUAGGGUGUCAGUUAACCAAAACAUACGAUCCAAGGGAAUCGGUUUGCCAUGUUUAAAAGAAUUGCAACACCGGACAUUGUCAUGUUUUGCCCGAAAACAAACAGGCCUCUUAAAGGACACACACAAACACACCGAAGGCUCUGCUGGAGGUCUGUCACAGACGACUCUCCCAAAUGGGAGCUGGCCAGUGGGCAGCUGCAGGUCUCGGGGGCUGUUUGGGCGGGGGGGAGGUGGUGACCGGGAGAAGCUGAGCCUGGAGGGUGUGGCCCGCGGCAUCAGUGAGGGGGAGUUCCGCAGGAUCGUGGUGAUGGCGGGGGCGGGGAUCAGCACCCCCAGCGGCAUCCCGGAUUUCAGGUCUCCAGGCAGCGGUCUCUAUGACAACCUGCAGCAAUACAACCUGCCGUAUGCGGAGGCCAUAUUCGAGAUAAACUACUUCCACCACACCCCCGAGCCCUUCUUCGCCCUGGCCAAAGAGCUGUACCCGGGGAAUUACCAGCCCAAUGCCACGCACUAUUUCGUCCGGCUCCUGCAGGACAAGAGCCAGCUGCUCAGGAUGUACACCCAGAACAUCGACGGCCUGGAACGCAUGGCUGGAAUCUCUCCCAGUAAGCUGGUGGAAGCUCACGGAACGUUCUCCAUGGCGACCUGCACCGUGUGCCGGAGAGAGUACCCCGGGGAGGAUCUGCGAGCAGACAUAAUGUCCAGCGCGGUGCCGAAGUGCCCCGCCUGUAGAGGGGUCAUUAAGCCCAACAUCGUGUUCUUCGGCGAGGAGUUGCCGCAGAACUUCUUCCUGUAUCUGACGGACUUCCCCCUGGCCGACCUCCUCAUCGUCAUGGGGACGUCUCUGGAGGUGGAGCCCUUUGCCAGCCUGGCGGGCGUGGUCCGGAGCUCCGUGCCUCGCCUCCUGAUCAACCGGGACCCCGUGGGGCCCUUUGCCGGCAGGGCCCUUCGCCACAACGACGUGGUGGAGCUGGGCGACGUGGUGGGCGGGGUGCGCAAGCUGACGGACGCCUUGGGCUGGACGCAGGAGCUGGAGGCUCUAAUGGCGGCCGACAGGGGAAAGAAUCACAAGUCGGAGACAGCCAAUGAGGAGUGAGGGGGGUGUGGCCACGGCCCGGCACACGACAGGAGCACCUGUGUUAUUGGUCUGCCUCGGAGCCGGGAGAACCAGACAGAACCCUGCUGUCGCCCGAAUCACGCGGCCAGCGCCCCUCCACCCCCCUGUCCCCCCUGCCCCCCCCCUCCUGUGUGUGCAGGACGGCUGAAUUCACCUGGUAUGACUCCCCCUGUGUGGGGCGAUAAUGGCGGUAUCGUGUUUUCGAGCGUGCUCGUCCGAAGGACAAAGGGAUGAACCGUGAAAGCUUCCCUCUCCCCCCAGAGGUCAAACUGGAGGCUUCAGUCUGGCCCCACACACACACACUGAUUUAAUCAUCUGCAUUUAAUUCAAUUUCCCCGACCAGAAUGCAGGAAGUCGGACUCAGAACGAUGUUGUUUUUGCCUGUGUCAUAGAUAGAUGAUGUAAUGCGUUCUGUGCUGUAACAGUCACUGGUUGUGAUGUAUCCGUGUCCAGCAACUGGCGAGCAAAAUGGUGUUUUGUGCGUGAGCACUAGGAAAAGAACAGACAGCACAUGGUGGAUGAAAUGAUACAUUUUUAAAAAUAAUCUUACAUUAAACAGGUAACAUAGUAUAAAUAAUUAAAAACAAAGACUUUAUUUAAA